GUCUCACACAUUUUUGCCAUUUUAAGAAGCCUUCCCAUAAGUGUCAAAUGUAAAAAAGUAGUGAUGUACCAAAGAAAACAAAGGUGUUGUAGAAUGGUUGACAUGUUAAAGCAGACUUCAAGACCAUGUAAGCUCUCUAAUAAAGGUGUUGUGUACGACCAAGAAACCUCUCGUGAAAACAUCCAUUGCAUUCUUGGAUGUGCUCCAGAAACUAUAGAAUAUGAAAUUUAAGGUUCUGAAGAGUAGGGUUUUUUUUUUCAAAUUUUUUGCUGUUGAGAACCUUCCAUGGUGAUGUAUGCUUGGUAGGUCCCUUGUUGAGCGGUUGAUUGAAUACAAUUCAACCAUGCAACCUCACAAGGUUGAAUAAAACCACACCUUGAAAAGGUACCCAAUUUUCAUUAAUAUAAAUGCACGUCCAGUAAAGUACACUUCAUUUUCGUUUGGUCACCUUAAUUUCCUUCCUUUAAUGCCUUUCUAGCCAUUCUCUGGCACCAUUGUCAUGAAGCUCAACCGCCUUUGUAUCAUCUUGCCGGCUGACUUAGAUGAAAUCGCACCAUAUGACCACCCCCAGGUCCCUCCACCUUCACCUGCUAAAGAAAAGGUCAGAAAACACCACCACCGUGGUGGCUGCGGGAGUCAAGUUCUAACUUUCUUUGGUGAUUUUUUACGCCGGUUGUAUGACUCGAAAUGGGUUGGUUGUUGUCAACCUGAGAGACCAAGAAAACAAGAAUCUGGUGCGUUUCACGAUCUUGACGGAAUUCAAAUAUCUGAGAAGGUUGGUGGUGACAAUCCGAGGAUUUUCAGUUAUGCAGAGCUUUUUAUUGGUUCUAAUGGGUUUAGUGAAGAUGAAAUUCUUGGUAGUGGAGGUUUUGGCAAAGUUUAUAGAGCAGUUUUACCUAGUGAUGGUACUGUGGUUGCCGUGAAAUGCUUGGCUGAGAAAGGGGAACAGUUUGAGAAGACUUUUGAAGCCGAGUUAGUUGCUGUGGCUCACCUACGACACAGGAAUCUUGUAAGGCUAAGAGGAUGGUGCGUUCACGAAGACCAGUUGCUUCUGGUUUAUGACUACAUGCCUAACCGCAGCCUCGACAGGUUGCUUUUUAGAAGGCCCGAAAACAUGACAGCGGCACCUCUUAAUUGGGAGAGAAGAAGGAAAAUAAUUGGUGGCCUGGCAGCUGCACUACAUUAUCUCCAUGAACAAUUGGAGACUCAGAUCAUUCACAGGGAUGUAAAGACAAGUAACGUGAUGCUUGACUCCCAUUAUAAUGCUCGGCUUGGUGACUUUGGGUUGGCAAGGUGGCUGGAACAUGAACUUCAGUACCAAACUAGGAUGCCUUCAAUGAGAAACAACCGAUUUCGCUUGGCAGAGUCAACUAGAAUUGGUGGCACUAUUGGUUAUUUGCCACCUGAAAGCUUCCAGAAAAAAAGUGUUGCUACUGCAAAAUCUGAUGUUUUCAGUUUUGGGAUUGUUGUGUUAGAAGUAGUGUCUGGGAGGCGGGCUGUGGAUCUCACAUACUCAGAUGAUCAGAUCAUUUUGCUUGACUGGAUCAGAAGACUAUACGAUAUGGGGAAACCUUUACAAGCAGGGGACAGUAGGCUCCCAGAUGGAUCCUAUUCGCUCUCUGAUAUGGAGCGAUUGAUUCAUCUCGGGCUCCUCUGCACACUCCACAACCCACAACUUCGGCCUAACAUGAAAUGGAUUGUGGAAAUACUUUCUGGAAACAUUUCAGGCAACUUGCCACCUCUACCAUCAUUUCAGUCCCAUCCUCGAUACGUGUCCUUAUCCUCCCCUUCCAAUACUAGCACAAGCAACACCACUGCCAGGUCCACCACCUCUACACCGAGCUCCAACACUACAGUCACAUCCACUACUUCAACCUUUGUCACAGCCAUUGGAGAAACUAUAUAUGCAACUGCAGAAUUGGGAAACAAUGAUCUUAGUUCAUCUAACAACAGAAGUCAUCGACAAAGCAAACACUUCAUGGUGGAAACUCCAAGGGAGAUAUCCUACAAGGAAAUUAUUUCUGCUACUAACAAUUUCGCUGACUCACAUAGGGUAGCGGAGGUGGACUUUGGAACUGCUUACCAAGGCAUCCUCGAUGAUGGCCACCAGGUUCUGGUGAAGAGGCUUGGCAUGACAAAAUGCCCUGCAAUAAGAACACGAUUUUCAUCUGAACUCCAAAAUUUAGCCAAGCUCCGCCAUCGCAACCUAAUACAGCUCCGUGGAUGGUGCACCGAGCAAGGAGAGUUGCUUGUCGUCUAUGAUUAUUCAGCAAAUCGUCUCCUAAGUCACCUCCUUUUCCAUCAUGAUAACAGAGUUGGCCAUUCUAUCCUGCAAUGGCAUCACCGAUACAACAUUGUCAAGUCCCUUGCUUCUGCCAUUCUUUAUCUUCAUGAGGAAUGGGAUGAACAAGUUAUCCACAGAAACAUCACCUCUUCUUCUGUCAUUCUUGAUCCAGACAUGAACCCACGACUCGGUAACUUUGCCCUUGCGGAAUUCUUGACAAGAAAUGACCGUGCCCAUAAAGCAGCCAGUAAGGGAAAUAAAUCAGUUCGCGGGAUUUUUGGUUACAUGUCACCAGAGUACAUAGAAUCUGGCGAAGCAACGCCAAUGGCUGAUGUGUAUAGCUUUGGUGUGGUAGUGCUUGAGGUGGUCACUGGACAGAUGGCUGUAGACUUCCGGCGACCUGAGGUGCUAGUGGUCAAUAGAGUUCAUGAGUUUGAGGCACAGAAAAGGCCACUGGAGGACCUCGUUGAUAUAAGGUUGAACUGUGAGUACGAUCAUAAGGAACUGAUGAGACUCAUCAAAUUGGGAAUUACAUGCACUAGGUCCAACCCAGAAUUAAGACCAAGCAUGAGGCAGACAGUAAGCAUUCUUGAUGGUAAUGAUCAAUUCUUCAUGGCAGCAGAACAAAAGAAGGAAAGUAGAGAGGAAUGGAAACAAAAUAAUGCUUAUUCCUUGUCAUUGAUUAAGGGAAUCAAAGCUCUGGGAAUACAAUGAGUAAACAACAGUCACAAACAGAUGAAGAUUGCUAGGUCUUUGAGGCAACUAGAAGUUCUUUUGUUUCUUCUGUUUUUGCAACCUCUGUAGACUAGAUGCAGCUGCUUUGUUUUAUUGUUUACAUAGAUUUUUGUGUUUUUAAAUAUAUCCACUCAUGUAGUAUUUUUCCUCACUUUACAAUGUAUAAAAUUCAUCUGUAUAGGUACCAUCUACACACAAGAAGCUACAGCGGAGAAAUUUGGUUAUACUCGCAAA